ACUCCAUCGCGUGAGAUUCCCAAUCCAAGUAGUUAAUGAGUGGCUUCUAGUUUCUAGAGGCUUCCACAGUCCACAUUUUCAAGCUUGAAGCUCCCUGAUUUCUUCGUGGCACUUUCUUUCUAGACCUUUCCACACUUCCCCUUUUAAGUUUUUAAUUAACGCCCCCUUCUUACCCAGUUACCCCGCAGUCCGCAGUCAGCAGUCCGCACCCUAUCAAGAACCCAAAACCCUCACUCACUCACUUGAAUGGCUCGUUACGGCGAAGGAGACAAGCGCUGGAUCGUCGAAGAAAGACCCGACGGCACCAACGUCCACAACUGGCACUGGUCCGAGACCAACUGCCUCGAUUGGUCCAGAAACUUCUUCAACAACCUCCUCAACGACCUCCCUAUUCUCACCGGCGAAUCUAAUCUUUUCAUCGCCACCACUAAGGUCUCCUCCGUCGACGGCGAGGCCUACGUCAACAUCCGCAAAGGCAAGAUCAUUCCUGGAUACGAGAUCUCACUCACCCUCGCCUGGCAGGGCGAAGCCAAGGACUCCGACGGCAAGUCUCUCUUGAAAGUUGAUGGCACCGUCGAGAUCCCUUACAUCUCCGACGAGAACGCCGGCGAGGAUCCCGAGCUCAAGGUUACUGUUAAGGACGAGGGACCGAUUGGAAGGACGCUGAAGGAUGCCAUGCUCUCCAAGGGGAAGCCCUUGAUUUUGGACAAGAUUAGGGUUUGGGUGCAGAGCAUGGCCAAGGGUGGACCUGUUAAGGACGAGCUCGAGACCAAGAAGCCAACGCCGCCACAGCAGCAGAAUCAUGCUGCCGCAGUUGCGUCGGCAGCUGUGGCGCCUUCUUUGGCUUCAGCUGCGACCAAGAAGGAAGGUUCGGUGGAGAAGGAGGCGAAGAAGAAGAAGAAAGAGGGAUUCAAGAGUAUUAGCAUGACGGAGAGGUUCAAUUGCAGGGCGAGAGAUUUGUAUGAGAUAUUGUUAGAUGAGAACAGGUGGAAGGGUUUCACGCAGAGCAAUGCGAAGAUCAGCAAGGAGGUUGGUGGAGAGUUCAGCAUUUUCGAUGGUUCUGUUACCGGAACCAACGUGGAGUUGCAGGAAGCUAAGUUGAUCGUUCAGAAAUGGAGGUUCGGAAGCUGGCCUGAUGGUGUUCAUUCUUUGGUGAAGCUUGUGUUGGAGGAGCCUGAACCUGGGGUUACUGUUGUCAAGCUCACACAUAAUGAUGUUCCUGAAGAAGAUAGGUAUGGAAAUGCCACUGUGGUGGAGAACACGGAGAGAGGGUGGAGGGAUCUCAUCUUCCAAAGGAUACGUGCAGUUUUUGGGUUUGGAAUUUGAGAUUUUAAUUCUUACCAAUGUAGGGUUUUUCUUUCUUUCCUUUCCUUUCCUUUCUUCUUCUAGUGUCAUGUGUUGUAGAAUUUUCACGGAUUUUGAAUCAUUUUAAGUGAGGGGAAAGGUGAAAUUUUAAUGGAUUGACAAUUGCAUAAUUGUUGAACUGUGAUUGAGGCUCUGGUUAAUCUUGCCAAGAGUGUCUUUCUUAAAAAUACUUUCUUUCUGCUUUUGCAUAUUCUUCAAUGUUC